AUGAACAACAAAACAUCACCAUCCACAUCGCUGGAGAAACAGCUCGACGAACACCAUGUGGCUGAAGUCGAUGAUCUGGUCCCCUACGAACUUGACCCAGAGACCGAUAGACGCCUGCUAAGAAAGACCGACCUCUACCUAUGUCCAGUCAUGAUGUUUGUUUACGCGGUUCAGUUCAUGGACAAGUCCACCAACUCCACAGCGUCCGUUAUGGGGCUUCGAGAAGACUUAGGCAUGAAGGGAGACAUGUACUCCUGGACAGGAACGGCAUUCUACCUCGGCUAUCUCGCAUUCGAGUUCCCAGCAGUCUACCUUCUUCAACGAUUCCCUCUCAUCAAGACCCUCAGUACCUUCAUCAUUGUCUGGGGAAUAGUUCUGUGUCUCCAUGCCACGCCCAACUAUGCUGGAUUUAUCGCCCUCAGAACUAUUCUGGGCAUGCUCGAGUCUGCCGUGACUCCAGCCUUCGUCAUUGUUACUGCUCAAUGGUACAAAAGAGAAGAGCAGUUUCUCCGAACCGCCAUCUGGCUAGGGGCUAACGGGAUCGGUAUCAUUGUGGGCUCCCUCAUGGCUUAUGGACUUGCUAACAACAACAGUCUACCGAUACAUGGCUGGAAACUCGUCUUUAUUAUUACAGGAGUCAUCACUAUCUUUGCAGGUGUUGUGGUUCUGUUUCACAUCCCUGAUGACCCUUCAAAGGCCUGGUUUCUGACCCCCAGCGAGCGGAAACUAGUGUUGAUCCGAAUCAGAUCCAAUCAGCAGGGCUUUGAGAACAAAAAGUUCAAAAAGGACCAGUUCAUCGAGGCUUUCACAGACAUACGAACCUGGCUCUACUUCUUCUUCUGCUUGACCUCCAACAUCCCCAACGGAGGUAUCACAAACUUCAAUACCAUCUUGUUCUCUGAGACUUUAGGACUAGGACCAGUAAAAGGACUUCUGAUGCAAAGUCCACAGGGAGCCACUGAACUAGUGGGCUGCAUUCUGUUUGGUUUGCUGGUUCAAUACACUCAGAAACGACUUCUCAUGUCCAUGAUUGCCCAGUCCAUCUCAGUAAUGGCCAUGUGUCUCCUAGCAUUCAUUCCAGAUAACCAGGCUGCAGGUCUGGCUGGACUCUACAUUCUCAUCAUCUACCCUGUGGGAUUCAUUUGUAUUCUGUCUUCGGUGGCUUCCAACACUGCUGGUCAUACCAAGAAGGUCACCGUCAAUGCUAUUCUUCUCAUUGGAUACUGCGUGGGAAACCUCAUUGGUCCCCAAACAUUCCGAGCUUCGGACGCUCCCUCUUAUGUGCCUGCAAAGGUGUCAAUGGUGGUUCUCUUCUUCGUCGCCAUAGGUCUCAACGGAGUGCUCAUGUGGGUCAACUACCGAGAAAACAAGAAGCGAGACGAAGAGGGUUGUUUUGCUACCCCCGAGCAGCUGGAAAAGAUCCAAUGCCAGGAUCUUACUGACAAGCAGAACCGUUUCUUUAGAUAUGCCAACUAG